AUGGCGUCCUCCUCGACUCCGGCUACGCCGCUCCUCUACGCGUGCAUAGCGCACCACAGCACAAUCCUCUCCGAGUGCACCACAUCCGCCUCCUCGCAGACGUCCUCCCUCGCCUCCCUCAUCCUCCCCAAGAUCCAGCACACCACGCCGCAAAAGCUCACCUACACCCACGGCUCGCACCACAUCCACUACAUCGCCGAAGCCCCCUCGGACCACCCCAGCCAGCCCUCGGCGGGCGGCCUCACCUUUCUCGUCGUGGCCGAGUCCUCCUUUGGCCGCCGCAUCCCCUUUGGCUUCCUCUUCGAGAUCCGCAAGCGCUUCUUCGAGGCGUUCCCCGCGGCCGCCCACGACUUUGCCGACAUGCCCAACUACGGCGCGGGCAGCUUCAACGCGGACCUGCGGUCUCUCAUGAAGGAGAUUGACGACGUGCGCGGCAUCAUGACGAGGAACAUCGAGGGCCUCCUCGAGAGGGGCGAGAGGAUGGACUUGCUCGUGGACAAGACGGAUCGGUUGGGCGGCAGCGCCCGCGAGUUCCGGGUCCGGAGCCGAGACCUAAAGAGGAGGAUGUGGUGGAAGAAUGUGAAGCUCAUGGCCCUGCUCGCCUUGGUCGUCCUCCUCAUCGUUUUCACUAUCGUCAUUGCCGUCAAGACUUCCCCUUGA